AUGAGCAACAACGACACGCUGCAGGAUGAGAUGUGGGAUAGAAUUGAUACAAGCCCGCUUGUUGUGGCACUUGAUGAUGACUGGGCCACUGAGCAUCAGCUGCCACUAUCAGUUUUCCGGUUUCCAUGGGAUCCCGAAGCAAAAGGAAUUUACUUUUUGAAAGCAUUCCACGGACUACAUUGCCUGAAGGUAUUGCGCAAAGCCUUUAUCGAUUAUGAGCGCGGUAACCAAAUUGGAAGCUCUGCUGGUCAUGUCAAUCACUGUUUGGACGCACUGCGGCAAGAUAUGAUGUGCAAUGCAGACGACACGCCCAUGCCCAUGAACCAUUUCCCAAACAAAAUCGGCCACGAACAAGUUCGCAUGUGCAGGAACUUUGAUCAACUCAUACAGUGGACUAAAGAGCCUGAGAGACAUGCUUGUUACCAUCGUUGGAGUGAUUAUAAAGGACGAGUGAAAAAUAGGAUGGAGAUGUUUGCUUUUUGUGAAGAAGGAUCAGAGUAUUAUGGAAAGAUGCAACAAUACUUUGAUAAAUUUGGUCAUAAACCGCCGUUUGGAGAAGAUGACAAGGAUUUUCCGACAUGGGACUCGCGUUAA